AUGGAAUCUGAGAGAAGGGGGUGGAAUCUAGGAGAAGGGGAUGAAAUCUGGGAGAAGGGGAUGGAAUCUGGGAGAAGGGGAUGGAAUCUAGGAGAAGGGGAUGGAAUCUGGGAGAAGGGGAUGGAAUCAGGGAGAAGGAGAUGGAAUCUGGAAGAAGGGGAUGGAAUCUGGGAGAAGGGGGUGGAAUCUAGGAGAAGGGGAUGGAAUCUGGGAGAAGGGGAUAGAAUCUGGGAGAAGGGGAUGGAAUCUGGGAGAAGGGGAUGGAAUCUGGGAGAAGGGGAUGGAAUCUGGGAGAAGGGGAUGGAAUCUGGGAGAAGGGGAUGGAAUCUGGGAGAAGGGGGUGGAAUAUGGGAGAAGGGGAUAGAAUCAAGGAGAAGGGGAUGGAAUCAGGGAGAAGGGGAUGGAAUCUGGGAGAAGGGGAUGGAAUCUGGGAGAAGGGGAUGGAAUCUGGGAGAAGGGGAUAGAAUAUGGGAGAAGGGGAUGGAAUCUGGGAGAAGGGGAUGGAAUGAGGGAGAAGGGGAUGGAAUCUUGGAGAAGGGGAUGGAAUCUGGGAGAAGGGGAUGGAAUCGGGAAGAAGGGGAUGGAAUGAGGGAGAAGGGGAUGGAAUCUGGGAGAAGGGGAUGGAAUCGGGGAGAAGGGGAUGGAAUCUGGGAGAAGGGGAUAGAAUAUGGGAGAAGGGGAUGGAAUCUGGGAGAAGGUGAUGGAAUCUGGGAGAAGGGGGUGGAAUCUGGGAGAACGGGGUGGAAUCUAGGAGAAUGGGAUGGAAUAUGGGAGAAGGGGAUGGAAUCGGGGAGAAGGGGAUGGAAUGAGGGAGAAGGGGAUGGAAUCUGGGAGAAGGGGAUGGAAUAUGGGAGAAGGGGAUGGAAUCUGGGAGAAGGGGAUGGAAUCGGGGAGAAGGGGAUGGAAUGA